AUGAAGAUGUUGUUUUACCUGAUCGCUCUAGCCUUGGUAAGGCAGUCGUGGGGUCUUGGAUACGCGGAGCCCGGGGUUCGUAGUGGCCAGCGGGCGGCUAGUAGACACAGGAACUGGUGUGCUUAUGUGGUGACUCGGACUGUUAGCUGUGUGAUGGAGGAUGGCGUGGAGACAUAUAUCAAACCAGACUACCAACGUUGUACCUGGGGCCAGUGUCCUCGAGUAGCGUACCGGACAUACAGGAGGCCAAGGUACAAGGUGGCUUACAAGAUGGUUACAGAAAUGGAGUGGAAAUGUUGCCAUGGAUACUCAGGGGAGGACUGUCACGAGGGGCCGGUCGAUGGAGGGCGACCCCUUGUCACACAAACAGGCCACACACAUGGCACCGGACAGACUGGAAAUGGUGACAGUGAAAAGGUCAGACAGUUGGAACAGACAAUCAACGGCUUUGCCAAAGACCUCCAGAAUGUACACACUUCCAUUCAAGAUCUAAACCAGAAGUUUUCAGUCCUAAACGGCGCUAUUGUGCCAGCUGAUUCAGCUCAGCCACACAUGAAAGAAACAAUCAAUAACAUCAACACAAAGCUGGACCAUCUGUAUAAUAGGACACAGGUCCACGAUGAGACACUGCUCAACAUUAAUAACCACUUAGAGAAUGGUGGAGGUAAUGACCUAGACGGAGCCGCUGUAGGACACCGAGGGAACCAGAUGAACACACUCAAGGAACAAAUACUGACAGAGUUGGAGAGAAGGGUGACUCUGUCCUGCUCUGCCUGCCAGGCUGGUGUGGAGGACUUGAGGAGGCAGCAACAGGAGGAUAGAGAAAGAGUAAGAGCCCUGGAGAAGCUCAUCAGCUCCAUGGACCAACAUUUUAGGCAGACACUGCAAAUCCUUCGCACUGAGACUGAAAACUCCCAGACAUGCUGCAAAACACUCACUGAGAUGGAGACGAGACUGUCAGAUCUGGAUAUCCAGGUCACCUCCACUGCCAGCAAGUGUGACACUAUUAAAGGGCGGCUGGAUAAAGAGCUGACUGGAAGCGGGGGAGGAAAGGGAAGGGUGACGGAGGACAAGAUGAAUGGCAAACUGAGGGAGUUGGAGAAGCGGGUGAACAAUACAGUGAGAAAAACAGAGCAAAAGUGUAUUAACACCGGCAACAAUAUAAAGGAUAGCGUCCAAAGAGAUGUCACGCAGUUACGAAACAUGGUAGUGAGUCAGCUGGAUGAUCACAGCUACAAAAUAGGAAAGCUUGAACUCGAUGUUGCGGCACUUGGAGACACUGUAACGGAUCACAGUCGACGCUUAAUCCAGUUAGAGAACGUUACAACCUUCUUGGACAGAAAUUUAAUAGCAACUACAAAAAUGUGUAAUGACACUUGUGGGCGCAGUGGAAAAGACCAUAAGACUGAGGACACUGUAAAAACAUUGGAAUGGAGAGUUGUGGCAAACCAAGGGGAAAUCCAGAAAUUUAACACAAGAUUAAACGAUUUGUCUGUGUCAGGUGACUCGCUAGCAGACAGGAUUAUUAAUUUAACAGAUGAUGUCAAAAAGAUUAUUGCUAUGACAGGCAAGGACGGUGAGAACUUCAAUAGGAUAGUCACAGAAGUUGAAACACUAAGCCAGGAUUGGGAAGACUGUUCAGUAUGCAGCAAUGUGGAGGAAGACUUACGUUUACUGGCCAACUCCACCACGACGGGCCUCAACAAGUGUCAGACCGAGUUGAAUGAUAUACGCAGAAAGGUGGACUCAGGAGAAACUGUGUGCUCCCAGGUAUGCUCAAACCUCCAAGAAGAAGUAGGGCGACUACGAGAAGAAGUGGAAAAGAGCCGUGAACAGUGUAAAAUCAACAUCAAUGAUAUGAGGAAUCGCUUAGACGGUCACACUGACCAUAAUGGAAGAUUGGGAGGAGAUCUGAAGUCCAUCCAAGGAGAGCUAUCUAAGGUCAUGGUCACAUUCCGUUCCAUUAAUGACACUUUGAAGGGCAUGGGUACCACCAUUCAGACACAUGGGUACGCGCUAGAUGAUCUGACUGACACUAAGGAAAAGAUCCAUUCUGAGGUGGACAACUUGAAGAAUGACUUGGCCGAGCAUGUCAUUGACUCAAACAUUCGAUUCGGCAGCCUUGGCAAAGAUCUUGAAGUGAUCAGAAGUAAUUACGUGACGGAGGUCAGGGAGUGUCGGCGAGCAAGCGAUGGCCUGGAACGCCGUUUCUCCAAACUCGAGGAACUGUGCGGACGCUUCGACUCUUUUUCAGACAGUUUGCAGAGGAUCAAAGAGGGCCUGAACCAACAUGUGUCCGGGCUGUGGACCUGCGUCAAUGGACUCAAUGUAACAGUCACAACUCAAGGACGUCUUAUCGAUAAUAUCCAAAAUGUCCAGCUGGAGAAUGUCCACACCAAGAUACACAGGCUCAACUCAUCACUGCUGGACUUGACAAAGGAGUUCCAUGAUUUUAUACGACAGGAUUUCAAGGGUCCACGUGGUCUACCGGGACCCAAAGGAGAGCGAGGGCAAUCUGGACCCCAGGGAGCUGUGGGACCUCAAGGAAAUGUGGGGCCUCGUGGCGAACAGGGCAAACAAGGACCAGCUGGACCCCCAGGUCUCAGAGGCGAACAGGGUCUUGCAGGGUCUGAUGCCCAUGUGCCAAGACUUUCGUUCUCCGCAGCGCUAACUCGACCAAUGAGGGGUGUUGGAACUAUCGUAUUUAACAAAGUAUUUGUCAAUGAAAAUGCUGUCUAUAACCCCAGAACAGGUUACUUCACCGCUCCAGUGAGAGGGAGGUACUUUUUCAGUGGAAUCCUGACCGGACAUAAGAACAUAAAGAUCGAGGCGGUAUUAUCCAAAUCCAACACCGGUGUGGCUCGAGUCGACUCAGCAGGAUAUCAGCCUGAAGGCUUGGAAAAGCCAAUGGCGGAAGCAAAACAUAUUCCUGGAGCUCUAGCGGUUUUUAACAUCAUCCUUCCCAUGGAGAAAGGUGAUACUGUCUGUGUUGAUUUGGUCACUGGCAAGCUAGCCUACUCCUCAGAACCCUUGACCAUCUUCAGUGGGAUGUUACUGUAUGAGACUAUCUGA